AGUGCCGAUAUGAAGGAAAUAUUGGAUUAACUUAUAAACCGCUAUCAACUCGGUUAUAACUAUCAUAAUACUGUUGAGCAUUUACGAAGCGUUGAUAACAAGAUUCUAUUAUCAAUGACAAAAAAAAAUCUUAUGACGUUAAGAAUGUCCUGUUUGAAGUAAUUUAAUUUUAAAUAAUUUGUGGCUUGUUUAAGAUUUAAUUUGUUACUUUAAUGUUUUCUCUUAUAUAUUAAAAUGUCAAUGCCAAUUGAAUUAAAUUUAGAAACUGUUCGAGAUUUUAUGAUAAUGAAUGGUGGCAAAGUAACUAAUCAUGAUCUAGUUACACAUUUCAAAUAUUUUCUGACAAAUCCACAAAACAGAGUUGAAGCGAGACAUAAAUUCAAGGAAAUUGUGAAUACAGUAGCAACAGUAAUUCGCGGUGAUGAUGGAGAGAAAUAUUUAAUGCUAAAACGACGUUUUCGCGCAGCUGGUUGUGUUGGAAUCUCACCUGAACCAUCCAUGAGUACAGCCUCAUCGCUAACAUCUCUCACUUCUUAUCCAGGAUUAUCUUCUGUACAUCAAUCACUAUCUCAAGAGUCAUUAAUUGAUCCACAUCGAUUUCAGCAAAUGUCUUUGAUUAAAUCACCAUCUAUCAGACAACCUCCACCUUAUCGACCUCCUCCAUCUCCAUCACCUUCACCAAAGGAAUACUCACCAACUAAAGAAAUAGCGCCUCCUGUACCUCCAAGACGAAGAAGUUCAGAAAAAUUAAGAUUAUCAGAGUCCUUUGAGAGUGAUUAUGACAGUUCUAAAACAAAUGAUAAAGAAAAUGAACAACAGCAACAAACUCAAAUAAGUGUAAAAGAUCGUACUAAAAAAUUUAAUCGAAUGGCUUCAGAAAGUGCUUUACAAAAUCUGCAACCCUCACCAAAUAAAAAAAAAAUAGAUAAGAACGACAGAGACGAGGAAGAUACGAUAUCUAUGACUUCGUUGGAUCCGAAGUCUAAAGAAUGGAUUGUGAAAUCAGCACAAUGUGAUUAUCAAGCUUUAGCAAAAAUGGCUUCGGACAAUCCAAAAAUUGUAAAAUUCAAGACGGCAUUACAUUGGGCAGCAAAACAUGGUCAUAUGGAUUUAGUGAAAAUGCUGGCAGGGACUUACGGUGCAAACGUGAAUGAUAAAACGGGACAUACACCUUGUCAUAUUGCAAUGCAGUUUGGCCACGAGGAAGUUUACAAAAUACUAGUAGAGUCUUAUGGAGCCGAUCCAAAUGUGCGCGACUGGAGCGGUCGUAAGCCUAGGCAGUAUCAGACAAAUAAAGACACUAGCCUAUCAGCAGACACGUACCGCAAAUUAAACGCUCGGAAACACAAAAAUGCAGAGAAAGAUUUAGGAUUUUUGAGAAUCGGUUCCUUGAAUGUACGGGUUAAACGUACCACAGAAGCCUUCAGCCAUUUUUUGGGAGUUGGAGGGCAAAAUACUGAAAAAAUUCAUAAAACAUGGGGCUCAGCAGACAACUUACAGAAUGAUGCAAAAAGAAUGCCCCCUCCUAAAAGUGUUUCAAUCAAAAAAAGAAAAUCAAAGAAACCACAAGACUACUUAAGAAGGGCUUCAGCUCCAACUGAGAGAUCGCCUGAAAAAAGAAAAUCUGAUACUACAGGUGAUUCUGACUCUGACACAGCAUGUGGAUUUGGUACUAAUUGGCAUCCAUCAUAAAAAAUCGAAGUAAAAUGUUAAAUUUUAGAGAAUCUUUUAUUUUCAAAAAUAUAACUAAAUGACAAAAACUGUGAAUGAGUAUUUAUUUCAAAAGAAAUAAGUAAUUGUGUAUUUUAUUUUAUAGUAUGGUAAUAUUGUACUGUUAUUUUAUUUUUUCAUAUUUGGAAUUUUAUUUUUUUUUUAACAUUUGAUAUAGGCACCUGUAAUAAAUAUUAAUGUAACAAACUCGAUAGGUAAUUUACUUAAAUUUUUAAUGUGCUGAUUGUAUCAUUCUUUUUUUUUAUGUAUGUUACUGUUUUAUUAUCUAUUUUUAAUUGUAUAUAAUAUCUGUACUUAGAUUAUUAAAAUAAUAUAUUUUUCAAUAAAAUUAUGUAACUAUUAAUCAUGAAAAACUGUUACUUUUCUUUAAGUUCUAAUACAAUUUUAAUUAAAAUUAAGUAAUAUUAAUAAUAAAGGUUAUUUCAUUAAAGUUAAUAUGUUUAAAAACUUGAUUAUUAGAGUAACUUUUUUUUUUGUUGAAAUUUUGUUGUGAUCAGUUAAUAUCAAUUUUUUAACACACUAGGUUAAAUAAUUGGAAAUUUUGUAAAUAAAAUGUUCUAUUAACCAAGUAAACUAUUUAAAUUUAUGCUAAAAGUUUUAAUUAUAUUUAUAUAUUGAUUUUUAUACAUUUAUAAUUUUUUCAUGUUUUAUAUUUUUUUAAAAGUUACUUAAUUUAUUAUAAUAAAAAUUGUAAAUUAAUUAUACACAUUGACUUGCAA